AUGGCAGAAGGAGGAUCAUUGGAAGAUCACCUUAAUGUAUUUAAGGAGAUCGUCGCUGAUUUGGAAACUUUGGAAGUAGAGUAUGAUGAAGAAGAUUUGCCCUUGAUCUUAUUGUGUUUAUUGCCCACUUCGUUUUCUUCGUUGAGAGACACGAUCUUGUAUAGUCAUGAUACUUUCACCAUAGAGGAAGUGUAUGAUGCUUUGUAUUCAAAAGAGAAGAUGAAGCAUUUGGUUUCUGAGGCUAUAGAUGGAAAAGGCCUGGUUGAUCGUGGUGGUUCUAGAAGGGGCAGAUCGAAAUCUAAGUUCAGUAAUCAAAUUUGUAACUACUGCAAGAAGAAGGGGCAUUUAAAGAAGGAUUGCUACAAAUUGCUGAAUAAAGAAAGGAUGGCUGCAAGUAGAUAUUCAGAUACUUCAGGCGAAGCAGACCUCGUGGAGAACGUUGUAAGUGAUGGAGAACUCUCAACUAUUUCUGACAUUGAGUCUAAAUCGGAAGAUGAUUGGAUUCUUGAUUCAACAUGUGUGUUUCAUAUGUGUCAUAAUAAAGACUUGUUUGCUACAUAUGAAACUGUUUCCAAAGAUGUCGUGAUUAUGAGAAACAACGUAUCUUAUACAUCUUACAGGGUCGUACAGAAUUUGGAAGAGUCAAUCAGUACAAGUUCAGUACCGUGGUGGGCUUUCGGUUUGGUACAAUGCCUUUAG